AAAAGAAUUAUUGUUCCACUUUCCAUUUCUAUAAUUCUUCAUUUUUGAAAAGAUCGGUAGGUCUCUUCAAGCUCAUUCGAAUCGUUCACUGACGUAUCCAUAUGCAGAGACGUUUACAAGGAGCGAGAAGAUUACUGUCGUCUGUUAUCAUCGUUGAUGUAUUAGUGUGAGAGGAAAGGGGGGUAUGGGGCGUUAUCGACGACGAUAGCGCGGCUAUAUAUAAAGCUGUCCGUUCGUCGUUGACAUUAGUUCAAUAUUCGUCGCAGUCUUUUCUUCUUAAUACACAUCUUCUAUCGUGUCUUUCUUUUUUUCUCUCUCUACCCUCGUCUUCUUUUUCGAGAAUCAUCGAUAUACGUCUUGACUACCGUGGUACGCGAUUCAUCAUCCCUAAACAACUCCGAUCAUCGGCGCAUCACGCUCCAAGAUAUUUGUUGAAAGAUAAGAAUAAGGAAAGCUAAGCUUUAGAGUUACAAUUUAUACACAGAUCAAAACAGAGGGAUAAUAGAAAGAAACUAAAAAAUGAAGGCGACAGUGUUCUAGCGUCGGUAGUAAACCGAACGCUCUCCACGAAACAUUUGCUGUGUUUUUCCACGCGCCACGAAGCUCGAUCGGAAUUGCGGAUCGGAUUUGAAAUAUCGUUCUAGAAAGACGACGGCCACCGCGAAGAAAGAAUACCCACGUUUGAUGAAUUUGUUGCGGGCCAGCCUAGUUAUGUUCUCAAUCGAGUACAGCAAACAAUUCCUGAGCUACCGUAUACUCAAGUCGAAUCGGUUCAAGUACAUCUGACGAUACGGACUCGGACUAAGUGUGAUAAAAGGGUGUGCGCUACGGCGAGAGUGUAUAUGUGAGCGUACUGUGCCGUGUUCGACUUGUUGGGAACGGAUAGUUCGGAUUGAGGGCUCGAACACAGAGAAAGGGACCGGCAAGACCUGGAAAGUCUUGUUCGCGAUUUUCACCGAUGCGUCGAUCGUUUCCUACCCUCGAUACGGUCUGAGGAAACGAGGAGACGUCCGCCGUUUUCGAAACGCUUUCGAAAACGCGAUAAAAUCGCGAAAGAAGAAAACGAAUUUCAAUCUAUAAAGAGGUGAUACGAAUCAAUCGCAAUCAGAUAGAUAUAUAGCAGCCGAUGAAACGCAAGAUUAAAUUGAUUUGAAAUAAACGAAAAUAUUGUCAACCUAUUGUCAACCUUCCAAAUCCAUUCGUUAAAUCAUAUUUUUCAAAGUGAGCACAAUCGAUACCAUACAUUCACAAAAUUCUCUUUGAUUGAAAGUCUAAAAAUUUUAAAAAGGGGAAGUUUGCACGUUUCUGGUCGAAUUCGAUUAACGAAAAUACAAAAAAAAAAAAGAGAAUAAAAAUGAUCGUUUACGUCCCGGGUAGAAUGCCAAGCCACGUUGGUGGGUACGGCUCCGUUCGUUAUCCUGGCACGUUGCUAGGAACGAUACCGGGUUUUUACAGCCCGAUUUCCGGUUACCCGACUAGCCCAAACAUCAACUACUACGGGAGCCUCAGCCUGCAUCAGCAAGCACCGCUAGACCUUCCGGUUUGGCCGCGAAGCAUGCCGGUCGAGGAAGAACUCGGAACUUCCCCAUCGACCGCGUUGCCGGGUUUGGGAGUGUCGCCUGAUGGUUUGACGAACGGUGGUCCACCGAGCCCAGUGCACAGCGAUUCAGACGCCUCCAACUCCAGUUUGGAACUCGGCUCUAUUCGACGUGGAGAGAAUGCCCAACUAAAGUGCAGAUGGCAGAAUUGUGGUCGUUGGUUCACGUCCUUGGAACAACUGGCAGGACAUGUUGCACGAUUGCAUGCUGCGCCGGGACCACGUGGACUCUUCUAUUGUGGCUGGGAAGGAUGUGCCAGAGGUGAACGUGGGUUUAAUGCUAGGUAUAAGAUGUUGGUCCAUGUCCGAACGCACACGAAUGAAAAGCCGCAUCAUUGUUUUCAAUGCGAUAAAAGUUUCAGCAGAGCGGAGAAUCUCAAAAUUCACGCUCGUUCCCAUACAGGUGAACGCCCUUAUGUCUGUCCUGUCGAAGGCUGUAAUAAGGCCUACUCGAAUUCCUCGGACAGAUUCAAGCACACCAGAACUCACGCCGUAGACAAGCCUUACUGUUGCAAAGUUCCCGGUUGUCCGAAGAGGUACACUGAUCCCUCAUCUUUGCGUAAACAUGUAAAAACAUAUAGACAUUACGUAAACAAUAACGAUAAAGUGCAAGAGAAGAGCUUCGAGGAGAAUAAUUCUCAGGAAAAGACAAGAUUCGACACUGUUUCACCAGAAAAGCAAAGUAGUAGUACUCACUCUGAAUCGUCUGAUAAAAAAGAUAGUAGCAUCGAAAGCAGCAUGUCAAGUUCGAGUCCAAAAGCUAGCAAUAGUUUUGAAGAACAAAGGAAUUUUGUUGAGUGGAACAACAUGUAUAAUCUUCACGACCAACGUAAAGAACCGGAACAGAUAACACCUAGAAAAACGUACGAACAGGAAGUGAAAAUCUAUCCGAGGAUCUAUGACGACAGUUAUAUAAUACCGGAAAGAAUUCAAGUGAAUCCUAUGUAUGUUUCUAAUAACACGAUCAUUAAAGGAAGUCCACCACAAUCGAUUCAAUCGCCUCAGACCAGCCCGCAUCACGUUCCUGAUACGUUGCCUCGUAUCGGAACACAAUCGACACCUAUUAAGAUCGAAGAAUCCGUUGAAUGUCCCAACAAAAUUAGCUCUGUUGACUACAGAAAUAUCGAGUCGAUCAUUAACAGCACACCAUGUAAAAAGGAAAAUAUUGGGAUUAGUGAUCCUGUGAGACAUUCUGUGAUAAAACGAGCAGAAGAUCUUAAGAUGGAAGUCGAGCAAAUACCGAUCAAGGAAGAAAUUUGUAAAGAUACCACCGAUUGUUGUUGUCGUCACAAAUGUUGCGUACAUAAUAAUGAUAACAUUUUGGAAAAAACGAAGAUCCUUUCAGAUUUGAUUCUUAAAACACAGAAUCCUUUAUUUAGACACCUGUUGGGCACGGUAGAUUUGCAGUACGGAUUGCAGAAUAUGUGGGGUAACAUCGUGGAUACGAACAAUACCUGCGGACAAGAUCUUCGAGUUAAAAAUGAGAAUGUUGUCGAAAUGGAGCAGGAUCUUCCAUUAGAUUUAACGAUUAAUAAAUAAAGAGAAUUUUAAAUCAUAUGGAAGUUAGCUUUUUUAAAAAAAAGCUAUCUAUAAGAAAGACUCAAAAUCCUACAGAUCUACGUUUCUUUUACAAAUCGACAUACAUUUUAAGUUUUGAAAAAAAUUUGCUUUAAACUACCGAUUAUAACUAAUAUUCGGCUUUCGAGGCCGUCCUAAUGUUUGAAUAUUUUCUUAAUGCUUUCUAAUAUUAAAAAAUGUUAUUUUCCAUAACAUUUUUCAAUAUUUACAUAGAUUCAGGACGACCUAGAAUGUUAAAUUUGAAUUUCUAUUUUAAGUUAUAAUCGGUAGUUUCGUUUUCCCAAUUUUAUGUCGUUUUUGAAAAUUAUGCAAGAAUGCAUGAAACGUUAUUUUCUUUUUUUUUUUUUUGGAAUUAAUAUAUAUUUUUUUUUUUUUUAUAAAUAUAUAUGUAUACGUAAAGUAUAUUCAAUUCGCUGAUCACUAAAGAAAUUUUUUUAAUAAAAAUCAAGGAAGAUGAGGAUUGAUACGUACCGGUGAAAAGAUGAAAAAAAGUUGUCCGUUUUUGUUAGACUGUGAAGCCAAAUAUAUAUUGUAAUACAUUAAUGUUUAUCUUAAAGCAGAAACAAGUUUGAUAUCGAAUAAGAUUUACUCAAUCUUAAUUCGUUAAUAAUAAAAAAUCUGAGAUAUAAGUUUACGGGUAAUUCGAUCAAUUCAAAAUAAAACAAUUGUCGAAACCUGUAUAUACAUACGUUAAACCCAAAUUUAACAAACAAAAUAAAAGAAAAAAGAUGUAAAAUAUUACCAUAUUUUAUGGAAAUUUCAAAAAAUAUUAUGGUUGAAAACGUAGCUGUAUCAUAAUGAGUUUGAAAGAAAUUACCCAAUAUAUUAUAUUCAACAUCUAUGUAUCAUAUGUAUAUAAAGAUGUAUUAUGUAUAAGGUAUUCAUGAAGAAAAGUAUGAACGUUUCUGCAAUGAAAAGAGUGUGUUUAAUGACAUUAAACUAUUCAAUAAAAAAUAUUAUUUAUAUAAAAAA